GGACCAGACUAUCUUGUCUUCCUCAGCACUUUGUCCUUUCGUGUUCAUGCACAUGUACUGUACAUGAUGUACACUUGUACGUGCCCGGUGUGAUGUGAGGCUUCGUCUUCAUCAUAACUUACUCUAAUUCCUGGCUUAUGUUUCUGCAUGUGAGUCACUGCGGCCGAUACAUUCGCUCAGUCAUGUCUAGGAAUUCGGCAAUAGUGGCACGCCUGGAGCAGCGGGCACAAGAGGCCGAUCGCAUCAUUUCACACCUCAGAAGCCAGCUCAAGGACCUGAAGAAUGCCACUGUGUCCAACAAUGGUGGUAGGGAAGUUAGUCGUCUGCAAGCUGAAAACGCACAGCUGCAAGCUGAGGUCGAAAGAGCGCUAAAAAGACUGGUUGCCUUGGAGACCAGCCAUGGCGUUAUCCAGAUCCCGUAUCCGAGGCCCCUUACAAGCCAAGCAGGUAAUCAACAGGGGUCAGAGGUCAGUGUUCAGAAGCCUGACCCAGUAGCCCCAGAUACAACUGAGGCCGCAGAGAAGGCCAAGCCAGCCCCAAAGAAAGCCAAGAUUGAGAAGAAAGCCGAUCAGAAAGAGAAGAAAGUGGGUGGUCCAAGUAUGCCCACUGAAGAGCCCAGCAUCACCCAGGUGGAUCUGCGCAUUGGCCGCAUCGUGGACGUCAAGAAACAUCCUGAUGCUGACACGCUGUACUUGGAGCAGAUAGACAUCGGGGAGGGGAGUCCUAGGACCGUGGUUUCAGGACUUGUCAAGCAUGUCCCCAUGGAGGAGAUGCAAGAUCGUCUGGUAAUAAUGUGCUGUAAUCUCAAGCCGGCCAAGAUGCGGGGGGUGCUGAGCCAGGCCAUGGUCAUGUGUGCCGCUACGGACGACAAAGUAGAGAUUCUCCUCCCACCAGAGGGGGUGGUCCCAGGCGAUAGGGUCAGCUGCGACGGGUAUGCAUUGGGUGAUGACUUUCCCCCACAGAUGAAUCCCAAGAAGAAGAUCUUUGAGCAGAUCAAGCCCCACCUCAAGACAGAUGCCAAUAAGGUUGCCUGCUACAAGGGUUCACCCUUUAAAGUGGAAGGCAAGGGGCUGUGUGUGGCACCGACCCUGGCUGAUGCCAACGUGCGAUAGAACCUGACGUCCCAACCUUGGGACCUCAUAUCGGGUGCCUAGAACCUCACAUCAUCAGCCUGGAGCCUCUCGCUAUACAAGCUAGUAUGGUACCUCACAUGUGAAGCUUAGCUCUAUAGAAACUCAUAUCUUAAGCCUAUAACCUUGUGUCAUAAGCCUGGAAUGUCACAUCAUCAGCUUAUAGAACCUCACAUUACUAGCUUGGAACCUCACAUCGUAAACCUAGAACAUCACUAUAAAAGCACACAAUAUCUCAACGCCCCACUCCAUUUUAUUUCAUGUUCAUCCAAAUAGCUUCAAAAGUAAUGUUCAGAGAAACAUUCAGGUCAAAACAACACUUUUAUUGAGGGGUGUAAAGGGACAAAAACUGAGCAUGAAGGUCUCAGAACCAAGACUACGGAUCUGCCUUUGAGAUUACCAUGUGUUCAUCUUGUGGUCCUAAAUGUAAAGAUGACACAGAAACGCCAAUUCCAGUGUUUUUCUCCAGUGUAGUUUGCCUUCUUUUUCUUCUUGAUAGUCCUGCGUUAUCUAGGGUGGCAUUGAUUGCAUGGCAUACGUGGAUGUUCAAGUGUUCCGGGCUUUAUUUACAUGUAAAGUCAAAGUCCUUGUUUCCUCGGUGAAAGUCAAGGGUUCAUUUCUGGUCUUCAAGUGCAAGUACAUGUAUAUAUACAUGUACUUAGAGACCAAAAAAGAGAAUGCUUGUUAUAAGAGUUACGCAUUUCUAGUGGCAUGUACCAUACGCCAAGUUAAUGCAAAGGGGUGAAUGACCGAUUUGUUUAUAAUGAAAUUUUGACAUAUUUGUUGUGUACAUGUUCUGUGCACAGAGCAUUACAGUAAAUCUUAUUGCACUGUGUUACUGACAUCAACCAGCUGUGUCAUAGACAUGAUAGAAGUGUGUAUGACUCAUAGUACUCCCAUUUGGAUUCUUAUACACCUCUUGGAUAUGUCAGAGAAAAUCCAGACUCCAAUUCGUUGUGCCGAAAGUGAAGGUCUUGAACAAAGUGAAAUAUUCGUCCAGACAAAAUGUGAACCCUUACCUAGGUCAAAUACCAAAUUUUUUUUGGGGGGGGGCAAUAUUUACUGGCAGCCAAAAUAUUGGGAAAUUUUCUAUCUAUCCUUAUACUUGUGUGGCCUGUCUGAGGGAUAAGGCUACGUUUCAAGGCUUUUUAGACACUUUGGCAAGAGAAAUGAAAUCAACAUGGCCUGUUUUUCAUUAUCCCCCCCCCAUUUUGGGGGUCCCCCUCCACCAGGCAUCGCCCUUAUAAUAUUGAGUCUGACCCCUUGCUUGAUGUGCUACAUGUACAUGUAUGUGUGUUCAUGGGCAAUACUUCUGCAUUGACAUCAUCUUUUUUCAUUGCAGAGCAUUAUAGACCAUGCUUUAGGAAGUCCUGCCCUUGGAGAACAGAUUUGCUUAGGAUGGAAUUUUCAGGUUCUUAACCUUAAAAAAAUUCAUUGACAAAAAUUUAUUGAAAAAAUUCUUGCUAUAAACGUUUUGGCGCUGUUAAUCUUUUCUUCAGACACUAUUUACCAUACUGAAAGUGCCUUUGAGGAUUUAUGCUAAUGGCCUCUAUCUUCAUGAGGAAAACGUCAUCCUGGGUUUAGAUGUGACCGCGACUGCGGUAUUUGAAUGAAUAAAUAUAAAACAAAAAUAUUUUUUCUAGUUCAUGAAUCCCUAAA